UACUGUGACUGUGACAGCCACCCACAGUUGCCAACUGUACGGAAUGAGGAAUGUCGUCCAACCAACGGCAACGGUGUCGCGCUUCUUUAUGAAAAUGUUUCGAAAAUAGAAUACUGAUACAAAACAUUCGAAAGUUCUUAUUACAUGAAUAUAUCCCUAUAAUGGUGAGGGCAUUUGAAAGUGACGCUAGGAGAAGGUGUGUCACUCAGCGGUCUAUAUACGUCAUUCUCAGAGGCAACAAAGACACAAGGACCUACAUAAAUCAGACAUUUUCAGUGGCAUAUUCAUCUAGAGCCGUCUGGUUGCUGUUCCUGGACACUAACGCGUACCUGGAGGAGUUCUUCACAGACAUCAACAUUCCUUUCGACUGCGAGUUCCUGGUGGCUCAGUCACAAAAUGGCGACGUCAUCGCACUGACGGAAGUGUACCGAGUUAGCCCCACGCUUCCGCUGCAGACAUACCGCUUCGGUAACUGGUCUCCUGGUGGCGGCCUCACCUGGCCCUCACAGGGCUUCUACCAGAGGAGGAACAAUCUUCAGGGACACGUAAUUCGGGCCACUUAUAAAAGUGAGCCCAUUACAGUCAACGUGGUUAAGGAGGCAAAUGGAUCUUACAAGACUGAAGGCUACUUUGGGCAGAUCUGGGGCAUAAUGGCUGACUUGGUAAACGCAACUCCUGUGUACCAGGCGGCUACUUCCUACGGCUCUAAGUCCGGUAACGGGUCCUGGAGCGGCAUGGUAGCGCUGGUAAGCAGUGGGGAGGCUGACAUCGGUAUCGGGGACUUCACGGCGACGGCGGAGAGGUCUCAUGUCGUGGAAUUCAUAGACACAGUGGAAUUUUCGAGUAUUAAGGUAUUCAUAAAGAUACCCAACAGCUCCGACAUGGUCUGGAACAGCUACGUCGCCCCUUUUAGCUACGGCCUAUGGUUGGCCGUGGCCAUAUCAGGCUGCGCCCUCUGCGUCUGCCUGACAAUCACCAACUUCAGCCAUGACGGGCAGAAGGAGAAACAGAGCCUUAUGGUUUCCGAGACAGUAUUCUACAUCUUCGGGUGUCUGUGUCAGCAAGGUCAGCGAGAGGCAGUAAACCGCACCGCAGGGCGCAUUGUGACGCUGACGGCAUACGUCAUGUCACUGGUGAUAUUUGUUGGAUACUCAGCUUCCUUGAUCUCCAGUCUGGCCGUGCAGCCGAGAAAUCUGCCGUUUAGGGAUCUACAGGGACUCUUGUACGACGGUUCUUACAGCCUCGGUGUUCUCCAGAAUUCUUCCUUCCUUAAUAUCUUUGAUGGAGCCGUGGGAGGACUUGAGAGUGAAGUUUACAAGAAACUGAUUGGCCCCUUCAAGAGCGACUUGCCCAGCACAAACGACGAAGCUUUCGAAAGAGUUUGUACUCGUAAUAGAUAUGCUUACAUGUGCAGCCAUUUCUUCAGCCAGAUCGUGCCAUGCCAGCUGGUGGCACUUCCUGGAACUUCAUACCCGGAGACACUAACCUACAUAAUCACCAAGAACAACCCCUACAAGAGCCUCAUUAACUGGAGGCUAGCUCAAGUGCGUGAGAGUGGACUUCAGGAGAGAAUUCGCCAACGCUACAUAACCUUAAAAAAACCAGAUGCAGACCGAUCUACUACAACUGUUGGUUUACUGGCUAUAGCGCCAAUUUUAGUUGUGUUUGCCGCCGGAAAUAUAAUGUCAGCUUUCGUACUAAUGAUAGAGCGAUGUAUCCGUGGAAAUGCGUUCAGACUCUGGCUAGAUGGAAAUAUUCGACGACCAUACAAUAAUGAAUAUCAACAGCUUGUGCGUAUUCGGAGGCAUCCACGGAUACACGUCAUGCCAAACCGGCGGCCAUUACGUGUUCGGUAGUCAAUAAAAAACAUGGAAAUGCAAAUAAUAAUAAUAAUAAUAAUAAAAAGAGAGUCGACAUAAAGUUUAUUGUUUGCAGGAAAGUGUAAGCACUGUAAUAUUAUGCAAUAAUGAAACAUCAGCUGCUUAUGACAAAGUAUUUAUGAAUUUAUAUCGCAUAUGAAAGACACAUACUUUUAACGAAACCUCUUUUUACCUGCCUGGAAUAUUUUACAUCAGAAUCUGACAUAAGACAAUACUUGAAGAUGUUUCUACUUUUGUUUUGUGACAUGUUUACACACCAACUAUUAACUGAAGAUAGUUUAGGUUUUAGUGAGAACUGCAGAGACUCGGCAAGUUAACAUUGAAACAAAUGCAUAAAACUGGUGAAUAUCACAUGCAAUUAAAUAAUACCAUAUAUAUUUAUCUCGAAUUCAAUUACUUUAUUUUAAAUUAUUCUAAAUGCAUCUAUAAUGAAAGAAGAAACUUAUCCUCUGACGGCACACCAUAUUGUUUCAAUACCAGACUGUACGGUGUAUUGGAGGAAAACGAUUAUUAGCUGACAGAUCGAGUUUUCUACCUAGCGAAAUUGUGAAGUGAAUUUGUAUGUUAUGGUGUUAGACCAACUUGAAGUGUGCUCUGUCAACAAAACUAUCUCACUACAUUUCGACACAUUUCAAUACUCAUUAUAUUACGAAUGUGGUUAGACAAAUGUUGACAUAGCUAUAGGGGUGUGCUAUGUGUGGGGGAACCAUCAAACAGUGAAACAAACUUCUAAUGUAUAAAUGUUCAGCGAAGAG